AUGGUGGGGAAGACAUACCUGCGGUACGUCGUCGGCCCGCAGGGAGGGGCGGUGGCAAGUAACGCGUCACUGACGCUCUGCAGCGUCGUUGCGCCGUCCUCGUACGCCGACGCCGCGACGCAGCCCGGCCCCCGCCACGGCGGCAGUAGUCGAGGCGGGCGGGGCUGGCAGCGCGCCGCCGUGGCGGGGGCCGUCGUGUUUGUUGCCAGCCUCGAGGCCGUGCGGGUCUACUCUGUGCGGAGCGGGGCGCUGCAGCACGCGCUGAUCCCGGCCGAGGCAAAGAUGCCGCUGGAGGUCACCGCCCUUCGCGUGGUGCCGCUGGAGGCCUCGGCGGCGGGGCAAAGUUUCCUGGAGCGGGAUGGGUGGCUGCUGCUCGUGGGCUACCACAACGGCCACGUCGCCGUCUUUGCCUGCGGGCCGACGAACAACUACGGCCUGCCGCUCUGCCGCUUCUACGCGCUGGGGCACAAGGUGGACACCGCCGUCCUCGCCCUCGCCGUCGGCCCCCGGCGCGCGUACGCGUGCAGCGGCGGCCAAGACACCGACCUCACCGUCUGGGACCUCGUGACGCAGGAGGCGUCCUUCCGCCUGCGCGGCCACCGCGGCGGCGUCGUCGGCGUCGAGUUCGUCCCUCAGAAGGAGGAGGACCGGCUGGUGGUGACGGGCGCCGCCGACGGGCUUGUGAAGGUGUGGGACAUCGCCCUCCGGCAGUGCGUGCAGACGCUCGUCGCCUCCGACGCGCAGGUCGCCUCGCUGCGGAUGGACAGCGCGGGGCGGCGCCUCUACUGCGGGCUGCGGGAGAGCCAGCUGAAGGUGUUCAACACGGAGGCGCUGCUGACGGCGGACGAGUCGCACGGCGCAGACGCAGCGGCGGCGGCGGCGACGGCGACGGCGACGGUGGUGGAGCACGGCGGCAUCCAGCGCAAACUGCAGAAGCCCGUGACGUCCUUGUCCUUCUCGCACGACGGGGCCUUCCUUUUGGCGUGCACGAGCAAGACGGUGGAGGUCUUCCGCGUGCUUACGCGGGAGGAGGUGCGGAGGAAAAUCUCCCGCAAGCGUAAGCGGCGGGCGGCGGGGCACGACGCGGCGCAAGAGGACGACGCGGACGCGCACGAGGCGGAGAACCCGCAGGCAGGCGGCGCCAACGCGGCCUCCGCGGCGGAGGAGGUGGUCCUCCUGCGCACCUUCUUUAUGGAGAAAAAGGUGCGCGGGGCGUGUUUUGUCCCGCCCGCCAGUAGCGGCCCCAGCGGCGGACGGGACGCCGAUCGUCUGCACAUCGCCGUGACGUUCAACAACAACAACGUCUGCACGUACACCACCGCGCUGGCCACCAGCGAGCUGGCGGGGGCGGCGACGUGGACGCUGCAGGACCUCAAGCCCCGCCAGACGAUGGAGCAGCGCGGGCACCAGUCCGACAUCCGGCAGCUGGCCUUUGUCGAGGACGACACCGCGCUCCUCUCGCUGAGCGCCGAGAAGGUGAUGAUGUGGAACGUCGCGCUCAAGCCGCAGCACGGCGACGUCGGGGCGGCGGCGGCGCACGACUUUUACGACGCGAAGGAGGCGAACGUCCACCACGCCGACGCCGAAGGGGCGCUCACGUGCACCGGGCACGUCGCCGUGGAGGCGGCAGCGGCGAUGGCCGCCAUCUCGGCAAGUCUCUGCUGCGUUGGGCUGCAGGACGGCUCCGUCCUCCUCGUGGACCUCCCGGCGUCGAACGUCGUCUUCGCUGAGGCGGAGGUGCACGUGGGCGGCGUGCGACACGUGGCGCAGCGACCCGACAGCAGCGGCUUUGUCUCCGUCGGAGCUGACCGGCGCCUCAUUGUCUGGACGCUUGCGCUGCUCAAGGACUCCGCCGAGGCGCAGAAGAAGCGGCCUGCGAAUAACGAUACUAAGGUUAACAGCAACGCCGCGCCGCAGCUGCUGCAGUCGAUGGAAAUAGAGCUGACGGAGUCCCCCCUGUUUGUCGCCAUGAGCCCGGAUAACCGUUUUGUCGCCGUGGGUCUGCAGAACACAAACAUUCAGCUCUUCUUUGCAGACACCAUGAAGCCGUAUCUCUCGCUCUUUGGGCACAAGCUCCCACCGACGGCGGUGGACUUUUCCUCCGACGGCACCCUUGUGGCUUCGGUGGGCAUGGACAAGUCUUUGCGCUUCUGGGGCACCGACUUUGGCGACUGCCACCGCGCGAUUCACGCCCACGACGACUACGUGACCCAGGUGGCGUUCCUGCGCGACACGCACCAGCUGCUGACCGUCUCCCUCGACGGCUCCGUGAAGCACUGGGAUGGGGACAACUGGACGAUGAUCCAGAUGUUCCGGCAGCACCAGCGCGGGGUCUGGGCGGUGGCGGCGACCGCAAACGGCACCUGCCUCGCCACCGCCGGGAUGGACAAGUGCAUUCGGUGCUUCCUGCGCACGCAGGACAUUGUCUUCCCCGCCGAGGAGGAGGAGCGCAUGGCACAGGAGGCCAUGGACGAGGAGGCCGCAAAGCGCCUGGCGAUGCAGACGCUGGAGCAGCAGAACCCGGAGGUGGCCGUGGCGGGGCAGCUGACAACGGCCACCGCCGCCGCCGCCGAGAAGCUUAUGGAGGCGCUCGACCUUGUCAGCGUGGAACUGCAGCGCCGCGAAAACGCGGAGGACCUCACCCCGCCGCACCCGCUGCUGGCAAACAAGACAGUCUGGGAGUACCUCUGGUCCACCAUUGAGAGCGUCCGCCCAAGCGAAAUGCGACACGCGCUCUCCUCGCUCACAAGCACGCAUGUUGACGCCUUGCUCACCUACCUGGAGGGGAUGCUGCGGGAGCGGGCGGUGCUGAACUACGAGAUUGCAGCGAAGAUCGUUCUGGCCCUCGUUGCGGCGCCGCCGGGUGUCGCGGCCGUCGGCAACACCUCCCGUGCCGCCAUAGCCGGUGAGAUCUCGGAGGCGCACGGCGCCCGCCGGCUUGCCGCGCUGCGUUGCAUGAUUGCAGAGGGGCUCGACCGCGCCGUGGGACGCAUGGACUACGACAUCGCCGGCCUGCAGUUCGUGCGGCACACCAUUGAGGAGAAGGACAAGACCCGCUUCUUUGACCUGAGCAAGAUCCAGGGCCACAAGAAGAAGUACCACAGCCGCGCCCUUGCGGGCGACGGUGGCAAAAAGAAGGAGUGA